AUGCGCGACUUUGUCAAAGACUACGUCAAUUCUUGUGUCAUUUGCAACCGAGUCAAGCCGCGCCACCACAAGCCUUAUGGGCUCCUUAAGCAGCUUCCGGUUCCCGAGCGUCCUUGGAAUUCUAUAUCCAUGGACCUCAUUGAGAAGCUUCCGCCUUCCGCUGGUUUCACUGACAUCCUAGUCAUCGUCGAUAGGCUCACGAAGCAAGCCGUGUUCGUGCCGACACAUUCCGACCUCACAGCUGUCAAGUUGGCCGAGUUGUUCGUCCUCAAUGUAUUCUCCAAGCAUGGUGUCCCCUCUCACGUCACUUCCGAUCAUGGUUCCGAAUUUGUCUCGCACUUCUUCCGAGGCCUGGGUAAGGCUCUCGACAUAGAACUGCAUUUCACUUCUGGCUACCAUCCGGAAGGUGACGGCCAGACGGAACGCACCAACCAAACCUUGGAACAGUACCUUCGAACCUACUGCAACUACCAACAAGACAAUUGGGUCACUCUCCUUCCGCUUGCCGAAUUCGCCUACAACAACGCUCCACACGAUGCCACUGGCGUAUCGCCCUUCUUCGCCAACAAGGGUUAUCAUCCGAACUUAGCCGUGCAUCCGGAACGCGACAUUGCCUCUAGCCGUGCUCGAGAGUUCGCUGUUGACCUAGGAGAACUCCACGAGUUCCUUAAGGGAAACAUUCGCAAGUCUCAAAAGCGCUACCAAAAGGCAGCCGACAACCGACGUCUUCCGGCUCCGAACUUCAAGGUCGGCGAUCAAGUUUUUGUCAAAGCUCAAUUCUUCCGAACCACCCGUCCAUCAAAGAAGCUAGCCAAAAAGUUCCUCGGCCCAUACGAGAUCAUAGCCCAAGUAGGAUCUCACUCCUUCACCCUCCGCCUUCCCCAGUCUAUGCGACUAGUCCAUCCAGUGUUCCAUGUCUCGAUGCUCGAGCCGUUCAAGCCGAGUACUAUUCCGAGCCGUGCCGUUGAGCCGCCAGCACCCGUCGAAAUCGAAGGUGAACUCGAGUACGAGGUCGCCGAGAUAGUCGAUUCUAAGAUCGAUCGACGACGCAAGUGCAAGCUCCUCUACUAUGUUCGAUGGUAUGGUUAUGAGAACACGGAUGAGGAGUUCUCCUGGCAGCCAGCCGAUGAACUCCCGAACGCUCAAGAACUAGUCCAAGAAUUCCACGAGGCAUAUCCCAACAAGCCAGGCCCUUUGCCGGUUUGA